AUGGGCGCCUUUGCUUUGUGUGUGGAGAGCGCGGCACGCGACAUCCGAUCGCUGCUCACGCUGCAUCGCGUGCAUCCACAGGUGCGCAGCGACAUUCAGCGCAUUCUUGGCAGUCUUCUUCGAAAGAACUAUGAGAGCGUGGCGGUGCCCUUACCGAUGGACCUGAUCGAUCCCCCGGAGCAGGUGUGCCGAGAGCUCGUAAACGGCAUCGUGGAGAACGCCUUUAAGACAGAGCUGCCGGCGUCCGACUUUCACGCCUUGGAGCGCCGUUGUAUCGCGCUCCAACAGGACAAUGCCGAGUUGAAGGCCGCUGCCGACAAAGCUGACGAAAGUGUCGUGGAGUUGCGGGACGCGCUGUCGGAUCUCAAGAAGGCACACGAAUACAUGCUUCAUAGCUACUUUAGGGAAGUCCUGAUGCUGCGCUGCCGCAUCGACGAUCUUCAGCGACAGCUUCGCACUCGCCGACUGCACUCCACGACUCUCGCGCCGCUUGUCGGUAGCAGCGUUGCAGCGUUUAUCCCCACAAUAGAGUCUCAGCUGCAGCACUUCCUUGUCAACACAGGCGUAGCCACGGGGCAGAGCGAGCCGGCGACUCAGUUGUUGCCGUCACCAACUAGGACACCGCUGCCGCCGAGUGGGUCAUCGGACGAGGAUUCGGAAGCGGAUGAUGACUCCGUGCAUCGGCGACUCUCAAAUCACAUUACCCCCCACGGGGAAGGGCGUGACGCUGACGCGCAAGCGCAGACAAGACCGCCCGUGCUGAGGGCGGCUACAGCCGGCGCUGCGCCGGCAGCACUAGCCGAUGCAAAGGGGUGGUCCACGGCGGUUCAUCCGAAGCACAAAGGCUACAGUAUCCGCAUCAACGUCCCGAUAGGCACUGCUACUCGCGGGCGGACGCUGGGGUCACCGCGCAGUGCGACGGUUCAGAAGACGACAACGUUUGAGGUAUGGAGCACGGAGCCAGAUAGCGUUGACGCGAUCUUUGAUUACGAAGAGUACCUCCGCAUCCUCAACGGCGCGGAUGCCGCCUGGGCGCAGCGCUUCACGGAUGUGAUGGAUGGCUCGGAGCGUGGUAGCUCGCGGUAUCGUCGGCACUCGCUGAAUGUGCGCACUCGCGCCAAAUCAAAGGUGAGCUUUCUCUCCGGCAGCCUAACUUCAAACCCCGACGACCCCUCGUCUUCUGCGGCGCUUUUGAACGAGAAGGCGAACGCAAACGGGUUCUGCUGGUUGCUACACCUCGCCCUGGAGCCGAUCAAGCACAAGUUUCACAUGGAGCUGGACGAGCUGCGGCAGGCGGUUCAAGCCAUGCAGCAGGAGCACGCAGACCAGGUGCAGCGGGUUGAGCGUGCACUCUUGGUCGUGCAGAACCGCAACGAUGCAUUGCUUGACUUCAUCAACACGUUUGCGCAGCAGGCUCGGGAAACCUUGUUGGUGGUGGCUCGUGACGUGCAGGCGCAGAGCAUGGUGGAGCUCCUGUCCAGUGGCGCGCUCCCGGUUGCAGCGGCUGAGACAGUCGCGUCCUUUUUUACUCCCACCACGUCAGCGGAGAAGCCACAUGGGCGAUCGUCUUUGUCCUCAACGGCGGCCUCGCCGCUACCCCACUCAGAGUCGGGUCAGGGGCCAUCGGCGCCGCACUUGGUUCGCAACAAGAAGUGGCGCCUGAGGCCAGGCGUGCUGCUUGUGGCGCAGGAGCAGGCGUCAAUGAUGGCUGCCAUGAAUCAGCGGCUGGGAAAGACCGGCUCGGUGGAGGUGACGCGCAGCAUGCCGCAUGCUCCUACGAAUGCUGCUGAGGAGGUGAACUACUACCGCGCCGACCUCGGCCUUCCCUACUGGUCCUCGCACCCGGUCACCUUGCACGCACAAAAAAUCUUCGGCGAGCUGCAAGAGAUCGCUGCAUCCAUUCGCGCAACGCGGGCGAUGCAUUUCUUCGCAUCUGAGGAGACCACUGCCGGUGACAGGCGUCGGGUGCAGUGGAAGGUCCGAGGUAUCACAGACUCGAGCCGACACGAUGGCGGCGACCACCGCGGAUGCCACUUCCCGCCACCGCUGUUAAAGGACCGCGACAGCUCUUCCUUCUACUAUUUCCGCGACUGCGACGCGGACGGAGACAGCGCUACGAGGCACUUGGCAGCCCAUCACCGGCUGCGGGAAGAGUGGCUGACGGCGUCCGUCAGUGGGGCGGACGGGCAAACAGCCGCGGACUUGCUACGUGAGCUGGCAGGUCUGCGCAUGCGCCGCGCAUGUGACCGGAAGCGACUAAAGGUGGUGCAGGCAUCACUGCCGCAGCAUUUCACGAGAGACGCCGCUGCUUCUGUCAUCGCGGAGGAGGCCGCUGGGAGAAAUCGAACGAAGAAAGGCGCCGCCACCGGCGCCACCGACCCGGAGCCGGAGUCGCUGCACCCGCACUUCUUGUCUCCACAAGGGCUGCUGAGGGCUUCUGCGCUGCAGCGGCUCAGCGGGCGAACGCAGCAGCGGCUGAUUCAGACGUCGCAGCGCAUUGCCGAGCUUCUGCGACUGCUGGACUUGCACUUUGGCCAUUGCCAGCUGAAGGACUCCGAGGACUCGCUCUCGCGGGUGACGGCGCGGAGGCUAACGGCUGAGGGGCCGCAGAGACUGCUCCGCGCCAAUGGCGCAUUGAACUUGGCGGGUCAUCUGUGGAGCUCACCCUACUUAAAUGACACUGUCCUGGAUGCGAACGAUCAGCAACAGCAGAGGGGCACCUGCGCCGGCUACUCUCGUGGGGAGUUGAUGUAUUUUCCGAUAGGGCUGGCGGGGACGCGAGACGCAGAUGGCAACAGUAUCGGUGGGGCUGGAGCGUAUUUCAUGCUUGACGGGUCUACCAUCUCCGCCGCGCCGUUUGCCCCAUUGUGGACGGCGGCAAACAAGGGCAGCAACGAGGAAUCGGAGCGGCCUGCGAUGACCAAUCGCAUCACUCCGGCUGUGGCGGUUAUGGAUUAUUGCCGGGGCGUGCAGAUGGGUCGCCCGCUUGGUGGGCGCGCCGGACCUGUGUAUCUCUUCCAGGACCAUGAAAGCGGUGACUACUACGUUGGUGAUCAGGCUGGCCGCAACGUACUGAAGGCCGACGACAGCACCACUGGCGUUGCGGCUGUCACGCGAGCAGAGGCGGACACGCAACGGUCGGUGCUGCCCAUGACGCGCAUUUUGUUCCCAGCGCCGAUGCAGUCUACCGCGGCCGACGCUUCUUCCGUCGCGUUGUCUGUGGCGGCAUCUGGGGCAGCGAGCACGGCACUUCACCCCAUCUAUCUUGUGCCCAUGGCGAUUCCUCUCUCGGACGAAGAGGCAGUGAUAGAGGCGGGCUGGCAGGCAUGCCACCGACACGGUCACACACGUCGCGAUCCCAUCUACUACACGACGAUGGCACCCCUUCCGCUCUCGAAAUCGUAUCAUCAUGUCGUGCCGCAGCCAGGAAACGCCGACGCCGUCGCUCUUGCGGAGGCGGCGGCUGACGCGGCCGCCGUUUUGGACAAUGGUGGCAGCAAUGCACGUGUGAACCCUUACCUUCGCAGCCCACCUUGCGUGUUCCAGCCGGCGGACGAGGCCGCUGCAAUGAUGCGCGUGCGCUCCGUGCAGCUCCAGCAGCGCCAAGGCGCUAAUAAAUCUUUUCCUGAUACUGCGGCGGUGGACAGCACCGCCGCUUGCGCACGUUCCGGCCUCCUAUCACCAGACGUCACAGCGAACUUGGCCGUGACCCCAACAUCCACGUUGCCGUCCUCGGUGGGCCCUCUCUCUGGCUAUGCCCUCUCUUCCCCCGAAGCGCAUCUCCUUGGUGUGUUGCCGUUGCUUGCCGCUGACUGGCAAGGGAGCGGAGGCCCAGUGACAGCCGCGCCGCUUCCUGGCAGCUCCAGCAGCCACCCUGCGGCACCAUUAGCGCUGCCUCCCUCCACAGAGCCUGACACCACGCUGGCUAAAACGGGGCACGACGGCGUGCCACCCCUCACCAAGCCCCUGCCUCACACCUCUGCUCCUGCAGCGGCGGCGGUGCCAGUAUCUUCCGCCACGAGCUCCUCCCCUCCCCUUGCUGCAGCACUGGUGAUGGCGAAGGAGCGGCGUAACGCGAGGCUUGUCGAGGAGGCACAACGCGCCGCACAGGCAAAGACGCUUCGGCAGGAGUCGCUGAGAAACCGAAUUCUGACGCGCACGGUACCGAACAAGGAGCGUGACGUUCUGCCCGUUCCGCCGCAUCGUCUCGCCCCUCUCGGUAGCAAGCACCCAGGUGACGAGGCCUCGUCCAUGUUACCCCUCCCUGCUGACUCUGCAAGGCUGCAGCGUCAGAUGCGUCCGGAAAAGUACUCGCUAACGCCGCCGCCCCCGUCGCUGCGGUGGCGGGAGGUGAACGGUGGUGGACUGAAUGCCUGGAAUCUCAGCAGCGACAACGGCGACGCGGCGUAG